GAGCUCAGGAUGGGACUGUGCCUCGGUACCGAAGUCACGGAGGAGGAGAAGAAGGCGAGGAUACACAGUGUCAAGUUAGACAAAGACCUGUACGAGUCCGCCAAGCGCGAGAUGAACGUGGUUAAAAUACUCUUACUAGGUGCAGCAGAGAGCGGCAAAAGCACACUGGUCAAACAGAUGAAGAUCAUCCACAGUAAUGGAUUCACUAAACAAGAGCUAACUAGCUUCAAGCCUGCAGUGCUGGAUAACCUCCUGACCUCCAUGAAGUUUGUCCUCCAUGGCAUGGGCGUCCUCAGGAUCAACCUGGCAAACAGCAGGAACAAGGUCCACGCCCAUUCUGUCCUGUCAUGUGGGCGGUGCUUUGACGAAGAACAGGUGCUGUUUCCCUUCCUGAGCCACGCCCUGUCCUGUCUGUGGACCGACCAGGGGGUGAGGGCCGCGGCGGCUCGGGGAUACGAGUACGAGCUGAAUGACUCGGCGCUGUAUUUCUUUGAGAACAUGACCCGCAUCAUGUCUACAGACUACGUGCCCACGGAGACUGAUGUUCUGCGAGUGCGACUGAAUGCAACAGGGGUGAUAGAGACACAGUUUAAGGUCAAGCACCUCAUUUUCAGGAUGUAUGACGUCGGAGGCCAGCGCACUGAGCGGAGGAAGUGGAUCAGUUGUUUUGAGGACGUCAGGGCGGUGCUGUUCGUGGUGUCCCUCAGUGGUUACGACAUGACCCUGGUGGAGGACCCCUCCAUGAAUCGGCUGCAAGAGAGCAUGAAGCUCUUCUCCUCCAUCUGCAACAAUGUCUUCUUCUGUAGCACAUCCAUGAUUUUAUUCCUGAACAAGAUAGACCUUUUCCAAGACAAGAUUUUACACUCUGGACGACAUCUGAGGUUGUACCUGCCACAGUUUAAAGGCGCCGACUGCGACGUGGACUCCGCCGCCCGCUUCAUCGCGGCCACCUUCGCGUCCCUCAAUUCCAUGCCCAGCAAACUCAUAUACCACCACUUCACCACGGCGACUGACACCUCCAACGUCCAGGUCGUCUUCCAGGUGGUUAUGGACACGAUAAUCAAAGAGAACCUGGAGGCCGUCUCGCUUCUGUAGCAGCCGCCACGGACUGACGCGACACUGGACCUUUGGCCCAAGUGUGUGUCAUUUUACUGGCUCACACAUAAGAAAGAGGGGAUCGGACUGAUCGCGGAGAUCGUCUCGUUCAAGCAUGUUGUUUGUCUUCCCUCUCAAAGAGCAGCUUGCUACGAUCACUGUUGACUUUGAGUCCUUGGAGGCGCUCGAGUUCAUGUGCUUUCAAAGAUGUGUUAGAAACUAACACAACUAACAGUGAUGGCCUUUUGUCGUUUUGUACUGUGCUCGGAAAUCCAAUUAUGAACACUCUAAAGACACAAGUGUGUGUGUGUGUGUGUGUGCAUACUGUAUAUGUACAGUAUGCACAUUCACCUGCCACUUUCAUAGCUACACAGGACACCCAUCAGAGUGGCACACAGUGUGGUCGCCGGCUGCUGUAGACCAUCUGCUUCAGAGUGUGAUGUACACUCACAGUCAGAUAUGCUGUAGUAGUUAUUCCAGUUAGUGUAGCCUUUCUAUCUUUUCAUAGGUGUCUGGCCAUUCUCCGAUAUUUUCAGUCCCUGUGAACGCCAGAGAUCACUGUGUGUUCAAAUGCCGCUUGAUCAACAGUUUCUGAAGUUCUGAAAUCACUGAAAUCGCCUUUCUUCCUCAUGCCGAUUCCCCGUUUCCGCUUCAGCAGGUGGUCUUGACCAUGUCUAUGUGCCUAAAUGCAUUAAGUUGAUGCCAUGUGAUUGGUUGACUACAUAUUUAGUUGAACAGGUCCACCUCACAAAGUGAGCCCGGUGAGUAUAUGUCAUUUAUUUCCUUUUCUCCUGUGAAUGUGUGUGUGGGCAGGACACAGAGAGGCUGAGGAUUUACUGUUGGUCUGUUUGGUUCUCAGCACCGGGGUUCACUCACGCAUGCCUAUUCCGCUCAUCCAUCACUGUGCCUCUGCUGUGUGCAUCACACCCUCCUAAUGAGGCGUUUAUGGCAGUUAAAAGCACCCUUGGUUUGCGUUUACUCUUCCUCGGCUGAAGUCGUUCAGACACUACAGUCUCAAUCUGCACCUUCACUCCCCUGACUCUCACCAUUCAGCGACAAUGCUGGGCGGAACUUCAAUAUUGGAAAAUGUGUAUCGAAAACAUCCCCGAAGCCUCACAACUUGUGUUUAAUUUUCUUAUUUUCACCUCUGAUGAUUAUUGUUGCAAUAUUUCAUACACAGUAACGCACACACACACCCGCAGAAGACCUUGUUUUUGUCACGCAGGAUGUCUCCUGUGUGUGAUUUGUGUGACAUUAACUCUGCUGGGGUCUGACUGCUGUGAAGGCUCCCCUGAGCGAGGGAGUGUGCUCUCACACCAGCUCCUCUCUGACUGCAGAGAUAAAACAAGACAUGGUAAUGACUGAUACACUCUCAUUGUGAAGGUGAAGAAAGAUAAAAAAAAAAGAAGAAAAAAACAGCCCCAAGUGCCUUAUGAUGAAGUGCUUUGUCUGGUUUGUAAUUAAAAUGCUCGUACGUGUGGAAUUUCUGCCUUUUUUUCUGUCUCUCUUUUGGAAACUUUAUGUGUUUGAUGCUGAACCUUGAACUGAGCACACACUCUGCUAUUUCAUAAUGUCAGUUGUUUCUUUAAUGACAAAUGUAAG